AUGUUCCUGCAAAUCGUUCUUGACGAAAGUCCGCUUCCCGUUAAGGGCCAAAGGAAAAUAUUCUGCUUUCUUUAUCAUUGUCUGUUUUUUUUUUUGGUUUUAGAAGAUUUUCCACGUCGUCUACAUUCACUCUCUCUCUCUCUCCCUCUCUCUCCCUCUCUCUCUCUCUCUCUCACUCUCUCUCGUCUGUUUUCUUGUUUGCUUUCUUUUAUUUUAUUUUGCCGUUACAUAUACUCUCCAUUCAUUUUCCUUUUGGUGUCUUUUUUUUUUCUUUUUCUCCUUUCUUUCUUCUUCAUUUCUAACCAAACAUUCCUUGGCUUUUCUCAAGUAUACCUUCUACCCAAUCUUUAUUUUGUCGCUCCUUUACUUGAUUUCUUUCUUUCUUUUUUCUUUCCUUUUUUUUCUUUUACUGUUCGACUUGCUCUCCAUUCAUUUUUUCUUACUGUCCUUCUUUCCUUCCUUUCUUUCUUUUUUUUCUUUCCUUUUUUUUCUUUUACUGUUCGACUAGCUCUCCAUUCAUUUUUUCUUGCUGUCUUUCUUUCCUUCCUUCUUUUCUUUUUUAUUUCUUUCUUUUUUUUGUACCUUUCUUUCUUAUUCUUUCAUUUAUUUAUUCAUUCAUUCAUUUUUCCUUCAUUGUUAGUCUUUACCUUCAUUUUUCUUUUCUAUCUUUCGCUCUUCUUCGUUUCUGUCUCCCGACUAGAUAUCUUUUCUUUCUUUUCCAUCCAGAGAUCCUUUCUUUUUUUUUUCCACGUUCAGAUCCUUUCGUCGUCAUUCUACGCUGAGGUCCUUUCAUUUUUUUUUUUUAUCCACGGUGAGAUUCUUUCUUCUUUUCCACCGGGAGUCUUUUUCCUUUUUUUUCCAUCCAAAAUUUCCUUCUUCUUUCCUUUAUCAUUCAGAGAUCUUUUCUUUUUUUUCGACUUUGCAAUCCUUUCUUCUUCCUUUUCUAUCGGGUGUUUCUUCUUCUUUCUAUACAUAAGACCAUUUUUUUCUUUUUUUUCCAAUCGACGUUUCUUCCUUCUUUUCAUUCUUAUUUCUUUUUCUACGCUGAGUUCCUUUCUUUUUUAG